AUGGCUAACACUCCUCUUCUGCUACUGAUCUCUGUCCUGCCAGUCCUGACUCUCUCCGCCUAUGUGGAUGUGGGGAUAGUGAAUGGAACAGAGGCGAAGCCUCACUCCAAACCCUACAUGGUGUCAGUGCAAAAAGACGGUCAACACUUCUGCGGUGGCUUUCUCGUGUCCGAGUCCUUCGUCAUGACUGCAGCACACUGCUUCCAGUGGGCAGUAAAACUGACCGUUGUGGUGGGAAUUCAUGACUUAUCAAAGAAGAGGCCCUCUGACCAAAAGCUUGUGAAAUUCUACCACAUUCACCCUGGCUACAAUCAAAAACCGUUGGAAAAUGACAUUAUGCUUUUGCAAUUAAAUGAAAAAGUACAAAAGGGCAAAACCGUGCAGUGGCUGUCUCUCCCGAAGAAGAAGGGAGAGGUGAAGGCAAAGACUAGCUGCAGCGUGGCUGGCUGGGGAGCCAACAGAACCAAGGGCUAUGCGACGCAGCGCCUCCUGGAGGCCAACGUGAGCAUAAUGGACAAAAAAGACUGCAGUCGCAAGUGGAAUAGUUAUUUCAAACCCUCCUCCAUGAUAUGUGCUGGAGGAGUUGCAGGGUUUUGCCAGGGGGAUUCUGGAGGUCCUUUGGUGUGUAAGGAAAAAGCGGUCGGGGUGGUGUCAUUCAAUGAGAAAGAUAACUGUGACAGACCAAACAGACCAAACGUUUAUACACAGAUUUCAAAAUUUCUUCCCUGGAUAAAUGGAAUCAUCGGGAGUUUGAAGUGA